AUGGAAAGAGGAAAAGAGAAGAGGGCUUCCAAAAAAUUGCAACAAACUUUUCACCAUUGUAAAGAAUCCACCUUCUUUAUCAACCAAGCCAUCCUAUCUAGUGAUUCUUGUUCUAGUGGUUUGCCAGAAAUAGAGAGUGUCAAUCUUUCUGAAAAAAUAAAAACAAACACCCCCAAAAAUAGACCUGGAACUGUGAUACUCUCGAGAUGGUCCAGUAGGAGAAUUAUGUCAGAAAGCCAGUUUAGUCCCCCUGUGAUCCCAUCCCGCAGGCCUGGAUUCAGGGUGUGCUAUAUCUGUGGCCGAGAGUUUGGAUCCCAGUCACUUGCCAUUCAUGAGCCCCAAUGCUUAGAGAAGUGGCGUAUUGAAAACAGCAAGUUGCCCAAGCACCUAAGGAGGCCAGAACCCUCCAAGCCACAUCCUCCCAGUGGCAAAGAAUUCUAUAGUCUUCAGGCAGCUAAUGAGGCAGCGUUCCACAGUGCCAAGGCCCAGCUGCUGCCCUGUGAAUACUGUGGCCACACGUUCUUGCCAGAUCGUCUUCUAGUUCACCAGAGAAGCUGCAAGCCAAAGGGUGAGGAUCUCACAGCACCAAACCCCAAUAGCUCUGAUGAUCUUGCUAGCCUCAAGAAAGUACCUAGUGGAAUCCCAGCCAGACCAAGGACUCUCAUCUGCUACAUCUGUGGCCGGGAAUUUGGCACCUUAUCCCUUCCUAUUCAUGAACCCAAAUGCCUGGAAAAAUGGAAAAUAGAAAAUGACCGGCUCCCCAGGGAGUUCCGCAGGCCACUCCCACAGAAAGCCCAGCCUCUUUCAACUGGACAGUCCAGCCAAGAGGGGCCAAGUCAAGCUCAGCUUGUGCCUUGCCCAAAUUGUAGCCAGACCUUUGCCCCAGACCGCCUUCCAGUGCACAAGAGAAGUUGUAAAGCUCAGCCUAGUUGGCCAAAAGGUCAGAAUUUCAUCUUAGGGAGCAAAGGUGGCCUAAAUGAGUGCACUGACUCCAAACAGCAGAGGAACAUGACAGCACCCACUGUGUCUGAUAAGCCGGCAAUGAUAAGACGCCCACCAACAAUUGUUUGCUACAUUUGUGGUCGUGAAUAUGGAACAAAAUCUAUAAGCAUCCAUGAGCCACAAUGUCUGAAAAAAUGGCAUAAUGAAAACAACAUGUUGCCUAAGGAACUAAGGAGACCAGAACCUAAGAAACCAGAAGUCAGGGCCAUUACUGCCAAAGGUUUCUAUGAUCUCGAUGCUUUAAAUGAAGCUGCUUGGACAAGUGCCCAGAGCCAGUUGGUUCCUUGUAAUAUUUGCGGGCGUACCUUCCUGCCAGACAGACUGAUUGUUCACCAACGAUCUUGUAAACCCAAAGCCGCCAAGUAA